AUGGGAGACUGGGUGUUCUUGAAGGUGUUACCUAUGAAAGACGUGAUGAGAUUUGGCAUAAAGGGCAAGCUCAGCCCUCGGUAUAUCGGACCAUAUCGAGUUACUCAGAAGAUUGGUCGAGUUGCUUAUAAGCUUGAGUUGUCCCCGGAAUUGGACGCAGUGCAUAUGAUAUUCCACGUAUCUAUGCUUCGGAAGUGCUUGAGCGAUCAAUUCCAUAUCACCCCUUUUGAAGAUAUUAAAGUCACAGAAGAUCUAUCCUAUGAAGAAGUUCCGCUGGCUAUUCCAGAUUGCCAAAUCCGUAGGCUGCAAACUAAAGUUGUGGCUUCGAUUAAGGAUUUAGCUUGGAGAAACUUGGAAUUGCUGGUGCAACUCCUAUCAUAUGGUGGGAUUGAUCCUGAAGGUUCAUUAGAG